AGCAGCACCAAUAGAACACCACGGCGAUCAUUCACUUUUUGAUUACUGAGCGUGUUGUUUGGACGGAUCAUGCAUUUGACAUCUAUUGACUCUUUUAAAUAUUUUUGUGUGACUUACUUAUCUUGAAACUAGAGAAUUGUCCUUGUCCUGGGCAUUUGGUUUGCUGUUUUGUAAUUUGUUGAACUCUAUUUUAAGCCAUAACAUGGGGCUCCAGUGGCAUUGGUCAGCUGUAGCAGUGCUGGUGCUCUUUUCCCUCCGCUCAGCGUCGGCACACGAGUGUUACGUGUGCGUCGGCCAGGCGGGGAACGGCGGCAAGUGCACGGAGACGGUGGCGCUCUGCGAAUACGAGGAGCAGAGCUGCAUGACCACUGUCAGCUGGGGAAGCACCCCCGGCUGGCGACUCGGAGUGCCCAUGAUGCUGUUCGUGUCCAAACAGUGCGCCACCGAUGACUACUGCGAGGAGAUGCGGCUGAAAAACCUGCCACUCUGCACGCGCAUCUCGUACGAGGAUUGGCGUUGCACGUCGUGCUGCAAGGGCGACCGCUGCAACUACUAUAUUAUCGACGGCGCCUCGCCGCACCGCGCGUUCCCACUGCUGACUGGCGCCGCCCUGCUGCUGCUGGCGCUCGCACACCUCCGGCGUCUGUGAGCAUCUGCUGGCGCAUCUCCGGCGCCUGGGAGCAUCAGCCGACCCUCCCGCUUCUGCCCCACGAGGACCUCGCCCCUCAUCGGCGGUCACCCGGCCCUGUCCGUGGCGGUCGGACGAGGAUUUUCCGGGGUGUCACGAAAGUCAACGGUAUCUACUCGUAUGAAAUUGAAAUGUGAGCAUCACGGUACACACCGGUCCACAGCUCACCCUCAGUCGUUUCACCUGAUCGGAGAGGCCCCGUUCUGUCAUUCCAUGGGCUGGUUGGCGUUGUAUUGUAAGAAGUGUCGGCGAUUUUUUAUACGAAGAGACCGCCUACCUGGCUUUUGAAUCUCCUAAUCCGUCCAUUAUAUUGUGAUCGCAAGAUCUGUCAAUUUUAUGAAGUCGGGGUUUUUACCUGCCAUUCCACUGUGAGAAAAAUCAUGCAUCUAUUUCGAAAACAUGUCAAAGUAGAUGCAUAACCAUCGAUGUGUGGGUGGAUAAUGUAUGGGUACAUUUGUGCGUUGAAGUGCUUGAUGAGGACGUCUGUGUCGGGUUAGGAUGUCAUAAGCAUAACGAUUCAUGUAGGCUAUCGACUUUUAGAAUAGACAGUGUUGAUGCAUUUGUAGCGGAUAGUUAGGGUCUGCAUUCGACGUAUUUCUAUAGAGUAAAGCUUGAUCACCCUUGGAAAAUAACAAUUUCUGUCGCUUCGCACAUCAGCGUAUAUUUACUGUGGCGUUUUAUUGAUAAGUGGUGUAUUAGUGUUGUAACUUUUUAUCCUGUUUCGGUCUAGCGUAAUUUUCGAUGGAUCUGAUUAAGUCGGCACCGUAUCCUUUCUUUUGCUGAUCGGUCUAACUAGGCGGUUUAUUAGUGUGUGAUAAUGUUUGUUGUUGCUGAAGCGACUGGUUGAAAUCUUAUUUCAAAGGACACUACUAUAGGACAGUGAAAGGUCAUAUCAUACCAUGUUUGCGUUACAUGCAACGUAGAAUAUCCUGUUUGAUAUCCUGAUUCGCGCGUCGCACAUCUAUCAUGGUGUUUCUUCAAAGCAGUCAUCCGUCCCCGAAGCGUUUUCAGAGGCUUAUUUUUGUACCUGCCUAGUGCCUACACCAGCGUUUGUACGACGUUGUAGAGCAGAUGGGGCCUUGGGCCGGCUUGUAUAUCAAUAUACCGUAAAUGACUA